AUGACCAACACUGAAACUGAAUUUAAAGAAUUUAUUGAAUCAAUAAAAACUACAGGACCUAAACGAAAAGCAGCUUAUAAGAGUUUAGGAGAAUUAACGCCAAAACUAUCAUUUGAACAAUUAUUAAUACUUGUACCAUUAUUUCAUGACAGUUUAGGAGAUUCAGAAAAUUCGCAAGUUGUUCAUUUAAUUCAAAAUUUAUUACCUGUAAUAAGAAAACUUUAUGUGUCAGACACUGAAGAAUAUCGAAUUCAAGCAAUGCUUCUUGUUGCUCCAUUAACUGAACUUGUUGUAAAUGGUCCAAAAACAAUUAAAAAAGCAACAGUAAAGUGUUUAAAAAGAGUUAUUCCAAUGUUAAAUGAAACAGAUUUUAGAGGAUAUGUAUAUUCUGUUUCAAAAGCAUUAUUAAUGGAUGAUAGUGAUUGUCAAAAUCAAGUAUUUGGAUUAGUAUUAGUUGAUGCAAUGUUACCACGAUUAACUGAAGAAGAAAAAAUACAAUUAUUAUUACCAAAAUUACCAGACCUUUUAAUGUCUAAAGACCUUUCAUUACGUAAGAAUACAAUUAAAACAUAUUCUUUAUUAUCAACACAAUUACCAGUAGAAUAUGUUGAUGGAAUGAUUGUUCCUGCAAUUGUAUGUGGCGCAAAUGAUAAAGAUUUUAUAGUAAGAAAAAAAGCAUCAGAAUGUAUUACAACAAUAGCAGAAAUAGCUGUUGAUAGUAAAAGUAAUUUGAUUCGACCAUUUUUUUCAUUAGUUCAAGAUGCAAAUAAACCAAAUGCAAUUGUUUCUUUAAAACAAAUACCAAAUUUCCUUCAUAUUAUAGGAAAAGAACUUGCUAAUCAAUAUUCAAAAGAAAUAUUACCAAUUCUUGUUAAUUUAUCAUCUGAUACAGUUCGUUUAUUUCCUGAUGCACCAACAUCAGUUGGGAAAAGUUUAAUAUCAAUUAUUAAUUUUUAUAUGGAAACUGAAUCAGAAAUUGUAUUUACUAUAGUUAAAAAUUUAGCUAAUUCAGGUGCCGUAGGAGCAAGAUAUAGUGUUGGAGUUUGUUUUCAGUUAUUAAUGCCUUACGUAAAAGCAGAAGAUACAAGAGCAUUCUUUUUAGAAUUAUAUGACUCUUUACUUAAAGAUGAAAAAGUAGUCCAAUUAGCUGCUAUUAGUUCAUUAGCAGAUGUUAUUGGAAUUGUUAAUCCUGAAUAUAAAGAACGCUAUAUGAAAUCUUUUAUGAGUUUUAUGGAAGAUCCAUUUUGGAGAGUAAGAUUACAAAUAGCAUCAAGUUUUAGUAGAGUUGUUCAAUCAGUAGGAGAGUCAGUUGAUGUUCAAACAUAUUUAUUUAAAUUAUUAAAUGACCCAAUGGCUGCUACACGGUCUAAAGCAGCAGAAGUUACUGCACAAGUAUAUAUGAUAUCAUCUAAAGAAUUUAAACAAAAAGUAAGAAAUAGUUUUAUUGUUUUAUCUAAAAGAAACUAUCAUAGAAGAAAGGUUAUUAUUGAAUUUAUUAGUUGGAUAUUUGGAGAAGUAAAAUCUAUGGAUGAAGGUUUAUCAAUUUUAGAUAAUUUCUUUAUGCCAUUCUUUUUAUUAUGUGUUGAUGAUCCAGUUCCUAAUGUAAGAAUUCAUUUAUGUCAUGCAAUUUAUUUAAUAUCAUCAAAAUAUCCUAAUUUUAUUCAAAUAAGUAAUGUUCGUGAUUGUUGUUAUCAGUUAAUGGUUGAUGAUGAACAAGAUGUAUCUUCUAUAGCAAAAGAAUUAUUUGAAACUCGAUUAAAAAAUUAA